CAUUCAUCUCCAUCCACUAUCCCUUGACCAUAUCUCCCGACGCUUCCUUGGCCAAUUACACACUGCUACAAAAGGAUAGAUAUGUCCCCGCUCUCUCCAACUGUACUUGCUGGACUCUAGAUGAUGCUUGCAUACGAGGGUGACCCUGGCAUUGUUUGGGGGACGUCAACUCGACGGUGCGUACAUUCAAGGGACCAGCAGCUGUUGUGUAGUAGUGUCUCUACCAGUCAUGCUACGAAGAACUGGCGUUGGUUUUAGUUUAUCCUCAUAUCUUGAGUCGUCCGUCAUUCAGCCCGCGCUGACUCCCCCCGCGCCGACAAAGACGGUGUCUGUUAGUUCUACUACUAGUAAUAGUACUAGUAAAUAUAUAUUCCCCCGGGGUCACGCUUACUAGCAGCCUGGUAGUAGUAUUUCAUCAUUUCCAACUACCCUUCACAAUUCUGACUCCAAAUCGAGCAAACAACUGGUAGUAGUAGCACUACUAGUACUCUCAUCAUCAUGUUUCAACUCCUCCCCGUUACAGAGCCUGACCUCUCCUCUAUGGUCGAGUUGUGGUACGACGCCUUUGAUGAUCCCAUCAAUCGGCGGCUGUAUCCCGAUACCCCCGGAGCGCGCGCCUGGCUAGAGGACUACCACCGCGCCAGUCUGCAAUCCCCUGAUCAACACUAUCUUAAAGUUACCACGGAUCAUAGUACCGGGUCGACCUCUCCCCUCGUAGCAUUCGUGAAAUGGGACUUCAACACCACCUCUCCAGGUCACCACUUUCCCCCGCGCCAUGUCGAUUUCGACCAGAUCUUUUGCGACACGUUCUUCGGGGGGCUGGACCAGGCACGACGGACCAUCAUGGGCUCGCAUCCGCACUAUUAUCUGGAUGCCCUGAUCACCCACCCGGAUUAUCGCCGGCAGGGAGCGGCAUCAAUGCUCAUCCAGUGGGGAUGUAAGCGUGCCGAUCAGGACGGAAUCCCCAUCUGGGUGGAUUCCAGUCAGGAAGGGGCCCGGAUCUACCAGCGCUUUGGGUUUCGCGAUGUCAGUGUGUUGGGGGUGACUCCGACCGGCGCCAUGUCCAUGCUGCGGGAUCCCGUUGGUGGUGAUGCCGCGUAG